CGGCGGCGGCCGCGACGGGCCUGGGGUUUGGGGCCUGGAGCUCGGGCCUGGGGCGCUGGCGAGCGGCCCCUCCCGGCCCUUGGGGCGCCCCGCCCGGCCGCCCGCCGCCCUGAAGGUCAGGGCGCUUUGUUCUGCGCCGCGGGCGGCCUCCUGGGCGGCGGCCACGCGGAGGAGGCGAAGACGGCGGGAGGCGGCGGCCGCUCAAAUCUCCCGCUAGCCCGGCCCGCCCCGCGUGCGGGGGCCGCGGCGGUUACACGGCGGGGCGCGCCGGAGCGUUCGGGCUUCUCGGGGUUAAGGCGGAGACGUCCAGGUCCUCUUGGUUAGAUGUUUAGGAAUUUGAGCUUUUCCGUGGGGCGAGGGUCAUCGUGAGCCUCGGUGGGGUCGGGCUGCGCUCCCCGGGGCUGUGGUGGUGAGUUUGGUGUGGCCGAGGGCACGUCGGACGGGGAGGAAAGCCCUCGGCGUCGCUUCCUAGCUGUGGGUGCGAUGGGCGGCGCGCGCACCCCGGGGCCGGCCACCGGAACGGCCUUGGACUAGUCACUCACGGGACGCGCUUUGCUAGCCAAGGGAUAAAAACAUUCAGAUGGCAGAUAACAGUUUUUCAGAUGGGGUUCCUUCAGAUUCCGUGGAAGCUGCUAAAAACGCAAGUAAUACAGAGAAGCUCACAGAUCAGGUGAUGCAGAAUCCUCGAGUUUUGGCAGCUUUACAGGAGCGACUUGACAAUGUCCCUCACACCCCUUCCAGCUACAUUGAGACUUUACCUAAAGCAGUAAAAAGAAGAAUUAAUGCAUUGAAACAACUUCAGGUGAGAUGUGCUCAUAUAGAAGCCAAGUUCUAUGAAGAAGUUCAUGACUUGGAAAGAAAGUACGCAGCAUUAUACCAGCCUCUCUUUGACAAGAGAAGAGAAUUUAUCAGCGGUGAUGUUGAACCAACAGAUGCGGAAUCGGAAUGGCACAGUGAGAGUGAAGAGGAGGAGAGACUGGCUGGAGACGUGAAAAAUAAAGUAGUCAUAACAGAAAAAGAAGCAGCAACAGCUGAAGAGCCAAAUCCCAAAGGAAUUCCAGAGUUCUGGUUUACCAUCUUUAGAAAUGUAGAUAUGCUAAGUGAAUUAGUCCAGGAAUAUGAUGAACCAAUCUUGAAACACCUUCAGGAUAUUAAAGUGAAGUUUUCUGACCCUGGACAGCCUAUGUCUUUUGUGUUAGAGUUCCACUUUGAACCCAACGACUACUUUACCAACUCAGUCCUGACAAAAACCUACAAGAUGAAAUCAGAACCAGAUAAGGCUGAUCCCUUUUCCUUUGAGGGUCCUGAGAUCGUGGACUGUGAUGGGUGUACUAUUGACUGGAAGAAAGGAAAGAAUGUUACUGUCAAAACCAUCAAGAAAAAGCAGAAGCAUAAGGGUCGAGGCACUGUUAGAACAAUUACGAAGCAAGUACCCAACGAGUCAUUUUUCAACUUCUUCAAUCCACUGAAAGCAUCUGGGGAUGGAGAAUCACUGGAUGAAGAUUCUGAGUUCACAUUGGCCUCUGAUUUUGAAAUUGGACACUUUUUCCGUGAGCGGAUAGUCCCACGGGCUGUGCUGUACUUCACUGGGGAGGCCAUAGAGGAUGAUGACAAUUUUGAAGAAGGUGAAGAAGGAGAAGAGGAGGAGUUAGAAGGUGAUGAGGAGGGAGAAGAUGAGGAAGAUGCGGACAUUAACCCCAAGAAGGAACCCAGCCAGCCGGCGGAAUGCAAGCAGCAGUAGGAAGCGGAGGCGGGCACCUGGCGGACUGUGGUGACUCCAGGCCCGUGGGCGGGGCCUCGGUCCUUGCCCAGCACCAGCCCGUCAGCGGCGCUUGCUCCAUCUAACUCGUUUUCAAGUGCAUGAUUUUCACUUUCACUUUUCCUUUUUCCUUAUUAUUUUGCUUAACUUGUACAGUGGCAACUGAAAUGCAUUUCAGAAAUAGGAGGUUUCGUCCAGCACCCUCAGCAACCUUGGUGCCUGUAGCUCUGGACUUGCCUGGGCCUUUCCCUCUGGGGGGGCCCCAUAGACCACGUGGGGUGGGGUGGGGGUCACUUGGCAAAAAGGGCCGAGUCUGGUGAUGCGAUUCCAGGGAUCUAGAACCUCUCCUACCACUCCUGCAGUUGGACUGAGUUCUUCCCUUUUAUUUGAAGAAACCCACUGGCUGUUUGCAGCCGCUGAGUCUGCCGAGUUGUGUGCUAAUCAUCUCAGAAGGGCUGCGUAGAGUAGGGCGCGUUUUGCUUAGGUCAUUGCUUCUUGAUUUUCUUUUUUUAGGGGUGGGUCAGGGUUGUGGCACACUAGCUCGGGCGAGAGCUGCCGCAAGUCACCUCAUAUUUAUUGAUCCCUUCUUACCUGUGAGGACUGUGGCCUUUUGCUGUCACUUGUCCUUACCGUUUCUGAACCACCUUGGUGACCUGGGCAGGAAGAUGUGCCACUUCCUAGCAGGAGUGAGGCCUGUGCAGAAGAAACGUUGCUCCCUGCCACCAGGACUGAAGACUUGGGAUGCAGGCGCCGCCCUGCUGCCGCAGCCGGCAUUUGGUGGUCGUCUCCGGCGGGGAGCUGGGCUGGGAAGGAAGCCCUGUGUUUGAGUUGAGCGUAUGAGCGUCAAGUCCUGCUUUCUCAGGAGCCCCAUUGCUCGGCCCCACCAUUCAUCCUGUCUGAGGGUCCUGGCUUUGGUGUGACCUGUUGGCGGCUGGCGGGUGGGGUUUCCAGUGGGUGGUGGCGCUCUCCGGCAGCCGGGGAUGGCCGUGUCCGCACAGCCUAACCUUAGAACACAUUUGUAACUCAAUACAGUGUUUUCAAUUUGUACAGAAUAGUUAAGAGUAUUCUAUUAAAAGUUGUGAAACCUGGA